CUUUAUACGCAACUGUAUUUAGAUUUUAGUGUUCGUCGUGCGAUCGUGUUGUGCUGUUGUGUUCACUACUAGUCAAAAUUUACUGUAACUACAUACAUUUACUCUAAAUACCAAUCAUAGAAUUAUUGAAGUUGUCUUUGGAUAGUGCAAUUAUCUGUACAUCACUAGCAAGUGACAUUUGUUAAUUUGAAAGUUUACGCGGUGUGUUUGACAUUUGGAUUUCGGAUUCAGAUGCCUGAUGCCGUGAGUCGUGACUGGAAAUAGUGAAAGUUGUUUCGUAAAAUACUAAAAUUGUCUUCGUGCAGUGUUCGCUAUAUCGAAGGAUAUCUUCGUAACGUGGUAUUCAAAUGAGGAAGAAAGAAAAUAUUUUGGACUUUUUGUUUGAGUAAACUUUUAAAAUCGUGGCCUCUGAAGACGGAAUAGGUGGAACAAUUAAUAUUCCACCGAAGAGUAAACGGCAGAUGUGUUUGAUUGAAAGGCGGGAAUUAAAAAUCCGCCCUUUAAACAUGACAAUAGCAAGAAGGUUACCUUCACAAAAUGCGUGCGUCGAAGUUGGGGUGCCACUUAACAGUUGGUCGACCGGCGUAGCUUGUUGCCCAAACUGCAGGCAUGAGCUCCGUGUCUCACUGUCGUGUGCGAAGGCUCAGACGACCCCUCUCACGCCACCCUUCACCAUACAGCCCACGUACUUGCCGCAUUCACCACUCUGCACCGUGCCGUCGUCCCCCUUAAUACCGUCACCAUACAAUGAUGAACUACGGCGGUUAGCAGAUACACUCAAAGCACUGCGGCUGUCCGGGUGGUACUAUGGAAACUUAGAUUGGCAGGGUGCAAGAAAUUUAUUAAAAGAAGCAAGUGUUGGUGCAUUCGUGAUUCGGGAUUCUGGCGAUAGAAAUUUCAUAUUCUCUUUGUCUGUGCAAACGGAACGAGGGCCUACAUCUGUUAGGCUGCAUUAUGAACAAGGGUUUUUUAGGUUAGACUGCGACAGGCCGCUAGCGAGGUUCAUGCCCAGGUUCAGGUGUGUGGUGGAGCUAGUGCAACACUACACAAGCGUUGGUGCCCGUGGUUCCGCUGGCACCGUGUGGGUGGACCGAGAAGGCUGUGCCCACUCGCCAGUUCUCCUCAAGACUCCACUGAGACAAUCUCCACCAAGCCUUCUCCACUCCGCUCGACUAGCUGUCCACAAAGCGCUGGACUCCAACCCCCUCACGCCUAAACUCUGGUGCGCCCCCAAGCACAGGCUGCUCCCGCUACCCUCGACCCUCAUAGAGUACCUCGGGGAAUAUCCAUACUCAAUCUAACACCAGAUCUGUUUACUUAGUUCAAUUGGAACGUUUAGUGAAGAUAAUUAGGGUAUUAGUGAAUUUUUGCCACCGAGUACAGUAACAUUAGUUCGUACUCGCUCCCAUUAUGUUGCUAGUACGGGAUGCUAGGUAAAGGGCGGGCUCCUUUAUGUACCGACUAACGUUUAGGUAAUCGUAACUCGUGUAUUAUUUAAUAGUAUUGAAUAUGGGACUCAAAUAUGGUAUUUAGUGAAGUGUUUGAUUCUGUGUCGGGUAGAUUUUUGUCUGUAUAUAAUGUCUGAACAUGUAAUUCAAGACUGAUUCCUUUCAAUAAUAUAAUACAGAUGUACGUCUGUUGUCACCGAUUUUUAUUUACAAUAUGCAAAGUUGAUGCCUGAUCUUGUCCAUUAUAUUAAGAAUAUCAUCACAAUAUUUUGUAGAGUUUAUAUAUUUUUAUUUAUUUAUUUCUCUACUAACUUAGGUUAAAAGCUAAUAAUUAUUCAUUAAAUCUUAAGUAAAAAUUAAUUUGUUCCUAUAUUAAAAAUUCCUGUAUUAUAAAGGUUCAAUUCUAUAUAGCUUAAUACACCCAAAUCACACAACAGUUGGAAUAUUGUACAAAAUGUGCCAUCAAUGGAAAUAAAUACACAAUGAUAUUAAAUAGAAGGUGUUUUUGAGGCUGCGUUUGUAAAUAGUUCUUGUUUCCUAUUUAUUUCUUAAUUUUAAUUAGUGUAGGAGAUGUAUGUCAAAAAUGAAUACCGAUCAUGUAAUGGUCGACUGUAAGCGUGGCUCGUGACAUUCACUAAUAUAUUGUAAAAUCAUGUACCUUUAAUAAUCUCAAUUAGUGUUAGUCUAGGCGCCAGAUAAAUUAGACUUGCUCACGAAUCGUAUGGUCAGCUUGCAUUAUAUUGCAUUGUAAGUCGUAUAUGGAUUUUCUGUACGACAAUAAAACGUUUUAGCUAACGAUAUGAAUCGUGAGGUACUUAUAGUGGAAAAAAAAUCGCUGUUAUUAAAUUAUUUAUUAGUCACAACAGUGGUUUCAGCCUCAAAAUGUACGCAUAUUAUUCCUUGGUUAAUCUUUACCAUUCUUUUAAGUUAAAGCACCAAUUUAAAUAAGUGUGACAUAAUAGAAAUGUGUUUAAUGUUAGACUAAUGUAUGAAAAGAACUGCAAGUAAUUUAUAUAAAAGAAAUAUACAUUCUGCCUAUA